AGGAAGUAGCUUCAUUUUCAUAACAAAGACAUAUAACGCACUUUUCUCGCCAGAGUAUGAGAAAAUUUCCCAACUUUCAUGCUAAGCCGACCGGUAACACGGGCUAUUUUCAAUGUACGGACGUUCCUUUAACCGGUUAAAGUUUACUGCCGGGACAGUUUGUACUUUUUUCCCUUUCAUUAGGAGCACUUGGCUAACGUCUGAGUCAGGCUAGCCUGCACGGCUAGGCUAAUGUUUCCAGUAACUUUACUUGGAUAGAGAUUUUUCAUCCGGCGAUUUGAAUGUGCUUUCAGAUAGCUGUGAGAGUGGAGUAGUGUCUGUACAUCGAGAACUAGGUCUGCCUUUGUGAUGUGUUACCCGUCAGGACGAUUCGGUAAAUGUAUCACUAGCAGGACGAUGCCACGUUUGCAGUCCGGUGUGUGGAAGCAUUUCACACCAGCCAUAAAAGAUGGGAGGGAAACCUUCAUGUGCAACUACUGCUCGAAGACGUACACGAAGAACGCCACUAAGAUGCAGAUGCAUUUAGACAAAUGCAAGGAGUACUCUGUGGUUUCGCAGCAGUCGCCGGGCCCAGACGGCAGCUCGUCCGCCUCCAUCCCCGUUCCCUCCUUUUCUUUCCUACCAUCUGCCUCCCCCGGGAGACAGUUCCUCAUCGAUUCAGUGGAUCAGCGCAGCCAGGCGUACGCUGACGAGUGCCUGGCGAGAGCCGUGUACGCCACCUCCUCGCCCCUCACUCUCACAGACAAUAUUUAUUGGAAACGAUUUCUCAGCGUGCUCCGGCCUGCUUACUGUCCGCCCACCGGAGAAGCUUUGUCUUCUCAUCUUUUGGACUUAGAGUAUGACAGAGUGCAAAGCCAGGUUCACGAGGCCAUAGGGAAAGCAGACUGCGUCACCAUCCUCUGCAGCGGCUGGUCUAACCUCAAAGAAAAUGGAACCAUUGUUUACAUCGUUGCGACUCCCGUGCCGCUGUUUUACAAAUGCUCUGAGACAAAUGAGCAGACGCACACGAGCGCGUUCAUUGCGGAGGAACUGAAAGGCGUCAUCGACGAGGUCGGGUCGCAGAAGGUCUUUGCUGUUGUCACGGACGACGCCCCGGAAAUGAAGGCCGCGUGGGCUCAGGUGGAGGAGGCUUUCCCGCACGUGUCGGCCGUCGGCUGCACGGCGUACGGCAUCCGUCGCCUCUUUGACGACGUGUUGGCUCAGCCGUCUAUGAAGUCGCUGUGCAGGAGGGCCGAGCAGGUGGUGAGGUACGUUAGAGAGAGAAAAAUAUUAGCUGAGACUUUCAGAUGCUGGCAAAAGACAAAAAUAAGAACCCACACAUCUAAAUGGACGAUGCUGGAGCUGCCCUCCGGCUCUGACUGGACAGGGGUGGUGAACAUGUUCAGGAGCCUCCUCGAGGGACAGACCUCUCUACAAGAAAUGGGCAUAUCUCACACACUGGAUGUUGAAGCAUCCAUCAGGGCUAUUUUGCAGGACUCUGCGUUUUGGGAAGGCUUGAGCAGCAGCCUAAACUUGCUCUACUUGAUCGGGAAUUAUAUUGAUUAUAUAAAGAAAGAAGAAGCCGUGCUCUCUGGUGUUGUUGACGUGUUCAGUCAGCUGAGAUAUCUGAUCGGAUCCUCCCUGUCGGGGUCCGUGCUGCACAGCGGCGAGCAGAAAGCCGUCAUGGCGUCACUGGACAGGUGUCAGGAGUUUUGCGUGAGGCCCAUCCACGCGGCCGCGUACAUGCUCGAUCCAAAGCACGCCGGGCAGCAGCCGCUCUCCGGGGAGCAGAUAAACGGAGCUUACUACGUCAUAUCCAGCCUGUCGCAUCACCUGAACCUCGACGAGGGCAAAGUGCUCGGCAGCUUCGCCCGGUUCUCGGCGAAGCAGGGGCUGUGGAAGGGGGCCGGGAUAUGGAGCUCGUGCCAGCACGUGUCCGCGUCCACCUGGUGGAAGGGCCUGUGUUCGUCCGAGCCGCUUUCCGCCGUGGCCUUCGCUAUACUCCAGAUACCGCCGGCGACGGGCGCCUGCGAGCGCAUGCGGUCGCACUUUUGUAACACUAAAGCGAAGGCUUCUUUCUCGGGCGAAAGGGUUGAAAAACUGGUUGCCGUGCAGGCGAACCUCAACCUCUUGGAGCCUAGUGACUGCGAGUUCGCGCCGCUGGAGAGCGAUGAAGAUAAGAAGGGUUCAUUUCAGUCUGACACUCAUUAGCAACAAUCACUUGUAUGAUUUGUCUGAACUGUCUCAGCUGUUGUUAAACUCCCUUUCGCUCUAUGAAGUAGACGGAUUAGUGUGUUUCAAUCAUCUACAGUGCAUACUUGUGUAGUAUCUUUUUAUUAAGCCUCAGGUGGUAUUAAACCUUAUAACUGCAACCUAAACUACAUUAACGAGGUCAGAUAUUGGUUAGAACAUGUACCUGGUGUGAAUAAAACCAUUGUGUAUUUAUUGAA